AUGGAGCGUCAUCUUGACUUCCCACCCCCUUACACCUACCCCGUCGAUGGAGACGCGUUGCCGACAAUGGACACUCCCAGUAGCUUUGGUAUCCUGUCAGACUUCCACUAUACGCCAUGCUCGAUGAGCUCGUCAGGGCGGCCGUUGUCACGCCGCGCCUGCAACGAGUGUCGCAGAAAGAAGACGCGCUGUGACUCGCGCCAUCCGAGAUGCUCUCUUUGCGCCAAUACAGGCAGCACCUGUACCUAUCGGAAACAACAGAGACAGCGGGUACGCAGGCUGUCCCCAGCCGCCAGCAGUUCCUCCGUAGACAUUCUGGAGUCGACAGAAAACGGGCUCAACACGAGCCACGGCCUCUUCGGACUGGAGGGGUUCGAUGCACUGGAUGAUCUCGACGCUAUCCUUUGCGAUUUAAAGAGUAUAGAUGACGAACCAAGAGGGUCUCUAGAACCCAUGGCUGCAUUCGGGUCUGUUGGAGCAGCGCCUGGGCUCAAAUCAAUGAUCCAGGAAUGCUUUCCAACUCCAGUGGAGCCAAGCCCCAUGGAAUUCGGAACUGACAACCACGAUAAUUCGUCAAUCACUCCGGACCUUGCGGACGAAUUGAUUGACUUGUAUUUCGAAAAGGUCCAGGGGAUUUGCCCACUGUUCAUGCGGGAAAGGUUCGACGAGGAUUACCGGCCGAGCGGUACCUGUCGAGAUGACCAAUUUUGCAGAUUGUCUCCAGUCGCCCUGAUGGUUCUCAACGGUAUGUUUGCUCUUUCUGCCCGGUACAGUUCAUCGGACCGGUUUGCCGGUCUAGACCCCCAUUGCCGAGACCAGCAGUUUGUGAAGCAGGCGAUGGACUUGUGGGAGUUCAUACAGAAGGACUGGAGUCAUUCAGUCCGGAAUCUGCAGUGUCUGCAAGGUCUCAUCCUGUUGACCUUUAACUUUCUACAAUCUGGCCCUUCGGAGACUGCCUGGAAUCUAACGGGAACUUGUGUGCGUCUCGCGUAUGACCUGGACCUACAUACGAUGGAUGCCGACAAGAUUGAUUCCGAGGCACUCAACGGGCAGGAUGGGUUUCAACACCGGUGGGCCUCCCUGGAGGAGAAGCGCCGGGCUUGGUGGAUGGUAUGGGAGAUGGAUACAUUCUCAUCCACGGUUGCCUCAAGACCCUACGGGAUUGACAGUCGGGUAGUCCGGGUUUUACUUCCGGUUUCAGACAACGAUUGGACCAACAAAUCCCAAGCGCGGUCUGUGUCGCUCGGCUCAGCUAGUGAAAUGCCAUGGCAGGGUAUCAUUGGCUCAUCGAACCAGUGUGAACGGGCAUGGUUCCUAGUGUGCUUGGCCGUACUCAGACGGACAGCCGAUACGAUCUUGUCUGGAGCGUCGGUUCAAGAGCUGCAAAAAGCGGAAGAUACGAUUUCAUGUGCAUUCCUGGCCUUGCCAUCGCCAUUCUAUGACCUCCCAUUAUCGAAAGCAAUCUGGCAGUCGAAUGUGGUAAAAUACAACUGGAUGGCUUGCUCGCUGAUUGCACUCAAUUGGGCUCGCAGUCGGAUUAACUUCGAACUCCACGAGAAGUUGAGAAUGGCAGCCGGAGUUCAAUACCAAAUCCAUGGUCACAAGCCAGCUCGAACGUGUGUAUCGACGAUUGUCGAUGUCCAUCAGUUGAUGCGACUCCUCUCGCCUCAGGCUCUAUCUGUAUGUUCUCCUUUGAUAUUCUGUGCAGUAGUCGGACUGGGAGCCGUCCAUAUUCCUGAGGUUUACGGGCCAAGUUUGAAGGCUCAGUUAUCUUGUCUGUAUGGCGAGCAUACCAGCCUGGUUUUGUGCAGCGUUGGAAGGCACUGGCCUAUAGGAAAGGCGCUUUUGGAGGUUAUUGAAUUUACUAAAAACUCGAACCGAGAGAGGAGCGGCACUCCGGACGGGUGUUGGAGAGGGAAAUUCGUGCCCCAGUGGAGAGCACUCCUACGACCUGUAUAA